AUGCGUAUUGUUGUAAACCACACGUGCCAUCAGCACAUAGCCAUUCAAACUCUCAAAUCACGCGUACCAUCAGCACAUUCUGCCUUCAGGCAAACGAACCGCUUUCCUUCUGUGACAAAACAUCGACCAGAGACCGCAAGGAUAUGUCGUCCAAGAAUCGCUAGCUCAGCUCCAAGUGAAUUAUGGGAAUCAUGUUUGAUUGCUUUGGUUAUUUUAUUUGGAGCAGCUGCAGGGUCAGCUGUAUUGCUUAUUGCCGAAAGAAUUCCCAAAGUUCGUCGUGAAGUUUUACAAAAGAUUCCAGUUGUAGGAAAUUAUUGGGUUCUCGAAGAAGAAUAA